UCCUAGCGGCCGCGCUGUUCACACCAAAGCGCUCAGAAAGAGCGUGAGAGAGAGAGACGGGGAGAGAGAGGAGGAUGUUGAACUGUAGUGUGACUGUACGUUUAUUGGAGCUGUAUUACCGGCUGCGCACAUGGGGCUUUUGAAAGCCGGUUUUCUGAAGGAUAAAACAACUUUUUGGGGCGCGCGCGUGAAAGUUGAAGGCGGGUUUCCUGGUUGUCCUCGAGCGCAGACAUCCUCGCUGAAGAUUUGAAAGGUGCCUGAGACGCCUCUCAAGGAAAGCGUAGAUGUGCGCUUAAUUUUUGUUUCCAUUUCUUCAGUCUGGACUUUAAUUCCUGCCCCGAAAGACUCUGAAGAGCUCCGGCUCGUCACACAGCAGAAAUUGCGGAUGAACUCACCGGACAAGCUGGGAUAAUAUUUCCUCAAAGAGCCGAGAGUUUGGAGGCUGGAUGAGCAGCUCCGGGUGAACUACUAUUAAAUGGAUCCUCUGUGUGUUUGGACACUGAAACUGGCUUUUGUCAGUGAGUAGGACAGUGUUGGGAGCUGUCCAUCACUCCCAGAGCCGGUGGAGCGGACUUGAGCGCAGUCUUCACCUAUUUUUGCCCCCGCAGUGAAUUAGAGGAUUUGCGCGACCGCUGUGGAUGUUUUAAUAUGCGAGGAUGGGUCCGCUAGCGUUCAUCCUUGUUAGUGGAUUACUGUACUUUCAAGCUGAUGGAUCCCGUCUGCGCCAGGAGGACUCCCCGCCCCGGAUUGUGGAGCACCCCUCUGACCUGAUCGUAUCCAAAGGGGAGCCCGCCACUCUCAACUGUAAAGCGGAGGGUCGGCCCACCCCGACAGUGGAGUGGUACAAAGACGGGGAGCGGGUGGAAACGGACAAAGACGACCCACGUUCACACCGCAUGCUGCUUCCGACAGGCUCGCUUUUCUUCCUGCGCAUCGUUCACGGACGACGGAGCAAACCCGACGAGGGAGCCUAUGUCUGCGUGGCCCGGAACUACCUGGGAGAAGCCGUCAGCCGUAAUGCGUCCCUGGAAGUAGCAUUGCUGCGAGAUGACUUCAGGCAGAAUCCUACUGAUGUGGUGGUGGCGGCAGGAGAGCCAGCAAUACUUGAAUGUGUCCCUCCCAGAGGUCAUCCUGAACCCACCAUCUACUGGAAGAAAGACAAAGUGCGAAUAGAUGACAAGGAAGACAGGGUCACUAUUCGAGGAGGAAAGCUCAUGAUCUCAAACACAAGAAAGACAGACGCUGGCAUGUACGUGUGUGUGGGCACCAACAUGGUUGGAGAACGGGACAGUGAGACGGCACAAGUAACAGUGUUUGAGCGACCAACCUUCCUUCGGAGGCCAAUCAACCAGGUGGUCCUAGAAGAGGAGACGGUUGAGUUUCGGUGCCAGGUACAAGGAGACCCCCAACCAAAUGUUCGCUGGAGGAAAGAUGACAUCGAUGUUCCUCGUGGGAGGUACGACAUCCGCUACGACAAGGACGACUAUAUGCUGAGAGUGAAGAAAGCCUCCAUUAGCGACGAGGGCACGUUCACCUGUGUGGCAGAAAACCGCGUGGGCAAGCUGGAGGCUUCGGCCACUCUCACAGUCAGAGCUCGCCCUGUUGCUCCACCCCAGUUUGUCAUCCGCCCACGGGAUCAGAUCGUGUCGCAAGGCCGCACUGCCACCUUCCCAUGUGAAGCCAAAGGAAAUCCCCAGCCGGCAGUUUUCUGGCAGAAGGAGGGGAGUCAGAUUCUGCUGUUCCCCAACCAGCCCCAGCAGCCCAACAGUCGCUUUUCCGUGUCGCCCGGCGGAGAGCUCACCAUCUCAUCUGUGCAGCGAGCAGAUGCCGGCUACUACAUUUGCCAGGCUCUGACUGUUGCGGGCAGCAUCCUCGCUAAGGCUCAACUGGAGGUCACAGAUGUUCUCACAGACAGACCCCCGCCUAUCAUCCGCCAAGGCCCGUCCAACCAGACCCUGGGGAUGGACAGUGUUGCGCUGCUGAAGUGUCAGGCAUCUGGAGACCCCAUCCCCUCCAUCAGCUGGCUGAAGGACGGGGUCAGUCUACUGGGAAAGGACUCCCGCAUGUCCCUGCAGGAGCUGGGCAGCCUGCAAAUUAAAAACAUCAAGCUCUCAGACUCGGGGAUCUACACGUGUGUGGCCACCAGCUCAAGCGGGGAAACAUCGUGGAGCGCUUUCCUGGAAGUGAAAGAAUCAUCGGCAGUGAUUGUCACAAAGAGCUAUGAUGAGAAUGAGCUUCCAGGUCCUCCGUCUAAGCCCCAGGUCACCGACGUUACCAAGAACAGCGUGUCGUUGUCGUGGCAGCCCGGGAUGACCGGAGCCUCUCCUGUCUCUUCCUUUGUCAUCGAAGCUUUUAGUCAGUCUGUGAGCAACAGCUGGCAAACCGUGGCGGACCACGUCAAGACCACCCAGUUCACCGUCAAAGGUCUCCGUCCCAACACCAUCUACCUGUUCAUGGUCCGAGCCGUCAACGGCCAAGGCUUAAGUGAUCCAAGCCCAAUGUCUGAACCUGUUAGAACACAAGAUAUAAGCCCUCCAGCCCAGGGAGUGGACCACAGGCAUGUGCAGAAAGAGCUCGGAGAGGUCAUAGUUCGCCUGCAUAAUCCCGUUGUCCUGAGUCCCACCACCAUUCAGGUCACAUGGACAGUGGACCGCCAGUCCCAGUUCAUCCAGGGUUACCGGGUUCUGUACAGGCAGACGUCCGGACUUCCUUCGCCGGGGGCGUGGCAGACCCAGGACGUGAAGGUGCCCUCGGAGCGCAGCGUCGUCCUGUCGUCACUGAAGAAGGGCAUCGUUUACGAGAUCAAGGUCCGGCCGUACUUCAACGAGUUUCAAGGCAUGGACAGCGAAUCGAAGACAGCGCGGACCACAGAGGAGGCUCCCAGCGCCCCCCCUCAGCAGGUAACCGUCCUGACGGUGGGAAACCAGAACAGCACCUCCAUCAGCAUCUCCUGGGACCCCCCUCCACCCGACCACCAGAACGGCAUCAUCCAGGAGUACAAGAUCUGGUGUCUGGGGAACGAGACGCGUUUCCACGUGAACAAGACGGUGGACGCAGCCAUCCGCUCUGUGGUGGUGGGUGGGCUGCAGGUUGGCCUGGUGUAUCACGUGGAGGUUGCCGCCAGCACCAGUGCAGGAGUGGGAGUGAAGAGUGAACCUCAGUCUAUAAUCAUCGGGAAAGAGUUCCGGGACGUGAUCAUACACGGAAACCGAAACAACAGCAUCACAGAGCAGAUAACGGAUGUGGUGAAGCAGCCGGCCUUCAUCGCCGGCAUCGGAGGCGCCUGCUGGGUCAUCCUCAUGGGCUUCAGUAUCUGGCUCUACUGGAGGAGAAAGAAGAGAAAGGGUCUAAGCAACUAUGCAGUUCAGUCCUUCACCUUCACCCCUGCAGUGACGUUCCAAAGAGUCGACGGCGGUCUGAUGAGCAAUGGAAGCCGUCCAGGCCUGCUGAACGCCAGUGACCCGGGCUACCCCUGGUUAGCCGACUCCUGGCCGGCGACCAGCCUGCCCGUCAACAGCAGCUCUGGAGGACCAAACGACUUGACGAAGUUUGGUCGAGGAGAUCUCCCCACUGGACAGGGAGAUAAAACGGGCACCAUGCUGUCCGACGGAGCCAUCUACAGCAGCAUAGACUUCACCACCAAGGCUAACUACAACAGUCCUGGUCAAACAUCCCAAGCCAAUCCUUACGCCACCACUCAGAUCCUCCACUCCAGCAGCAUCCAUGAGCUGGCUGUGGACCUGCCCGACGCCCAGUGGAAGGCUUCACUUCAAGCUAAGCAGGAAAUGGCAAACCUGGGCUACUCCCUGCCUGACAAGAACUCCUGCAACAACACCCUCCUUUUUAUUCCCGACUACCGAUUGGCCGACGGAUUGUCUAAUAGAAUCCCACACAACCAAUCACAAGAUUUCAGCACCACCAGCUCUCACAACAGCUCAGAGCGAAGCGGCAGUCUCUCAGGUGGAAAAGGAGGAAAGAAGAAGAAAACCAAGGCUGGAUCUAAACCUCCUAAAGCUAAUGGCUCCAACUGGGCCAAUGUUCCGCUGCCCCCUCCCCCGAUUCACCCUCUACCCGGCACAGAGAUGGACUUGUAUCCCAUCGAGCACCAUGACGGCGGAGGGUAUGAGAAUGACACCUGGGGCCCACCCAUGCCUGUGCAGACGUACCUUCAUCAAGGCAUGGAAGAUGAGCUGGAAGAAGAGGAGGAAAGGGUUCCCACACCACCCAUCCGAGGAGUGGCCUCCUCACCGGCUGCCGUCUCUUUUGGACAGCAGUCCACAGCCACCCUCACCCCGUCUCCCCGGGAUGAGAUGCAGCCCAUGCUCCAGGCCCACCUGGAUGAACUGACCAGAGCAUACCAACUGGACAUGGCUAAACAGACAUGGCACAUGCAGGGAGGCUCUCUUCCUCCCCUGGCACCAGCUCCGCCAGUGGGCUAUGUGUCGAGCACAAUGGUUUCCGACCUGGAGACUGACCUGCAAGACGAGGAGGAGGAAGAGGAAGACGAGGACGAGGAUGAGGGCUACGGAGCCAGGCAUCCCCGUGGUAUCGAGCACACACCAGGGUCUAGCAUGGACAACCUGGACAGCUCUUUAACAGGGUCCAUGGUGAAUGGGUGGGGCUCGGCCUCGGAGGAUGAGCGUAAUUUUUCCAGCCAUAGAUCCAGUCUGGGCAGUUCUUCCGAUGGCUCCAUCUUUACCCACUGCAGCUUUGCCCAGGCCCUUGUGGCUGCUGCAGACAAGGCAGGCUACCGCCUUGAGGGAACCAGCCUCAGCAAGAGAGGUAAAGGCUUGUCCCACAGGCCCCGUCCCAGCAGUCCAUUUUCAACAGAUGGCAGCACAGUCGGCACACACAGCUUGGGCCACCAGAGGGCCACCAGGCCCACCCGCAAACCACGAAGUCAAGGCACAACACCUCACCGGAGAGACGCUGGUGCAGACGACCUACCUCCCCCUCCUGAGCCUCCUCCCUGUCAGGGCCAGGGCCGCAUCCAGGGGACCCGCAGCGUAAACAGCAUGGCACCACCCACGGACAGGAAGGCUGCGUCUCUGGAGCGCACGCCCAUGUCAGGACCGCUCUGUGGGCCAGACGACAUGAAGAGCUCUAUUGACAGACAGAUGCGAACCUCUCUGGAACAUCACCGCCAGGCCCAGGACCGGCUGGGCUCCAUGGACCGGACGGACGAUGCCCGCAGGUGCCACAAAUCAGAGGAUGGGUGUGUCCCAUACAGCAAGCCGUCCUUCCCCUCCCCCGGGGGCCACAGUUCCUCUGGGACGGCCUCCUCCAAGGGGUCAACGGGGCCACGCAAGACCGACGGGCCGCGGCAACCACAACAGUGGACCGCUACGGAGCAUGCUGAAUUUCUGGGGGCCAACGGACAUGGAGAGUUAUAGUGACCCUCCUGGGCUCCCGUCCGGGCCAAUAAACUUUCUCCUCUUACCUGUGCGUUCUCAGAGGGGGAGGCGCGCGGCGGCGGAGGGCGCCACAGCGACGAAGCAGUUUCACAGAAAUGUACAUGUGAUGUAAAGUCACAAACAUACUGUACAUCUCACAAUGGUUUUGUCCUCAAGAAAAAUAUUUUCCACCACCUACCUUACUGUAAUUUUCUUU